AUGGAUCCACCACUUUGUGUCAAUGGUUGCGGCUUCUAUGGUUCUACUGCCAAUAACAAUCUUUGCUCAAAGUGUUACAAAGAUCACAUCAAACAAACCUUCAUCAUCAUGGAAUCACAAAGCAAUAAUAACAACCAUGCAUUAACUGAUGCGUUUGAAAGAUUUACCAAAGACUUUGGAGCAACCGUUGACGAUAUUUCUACCAACAACAACAACAAUGAAACGAAAAAAAGGUGCAAGAGGUGCAAUAAGAAAAUUGGAUUAAUUGGGUUUGAGUGUCGAUGUGGAGAUUUGUUUUGUGAAAAGCAUAGGUAUCCAGAAGUUCAUGAAUGUGAAUUCAAUUUUAAGGAUAUUGGUCGCAAUAUUUUGGUGGCAAAGCAGAAUCCUCUUUGUAUUCGUGAUAAAUUAGAUAAAAGAAUUUAG